AUGUCUCCGAAACAGUUUGUUCUCGCAUUCCUGCUCUUGAUUUCUCUUACAUCGACGCACGGGACGAUGUAUGAAAUCAUUGACCAUUCCGCUAGAGCUCCUGGAGGAAACAAAUAUGCUGAUGAAUUGAGCACCCACUACAAAGCCCGUGUUCUAUUUCGCGCGACUGAAGAAGUUUUGAACACAUUCAAUCAAAAGGAAGGCGAGGGCAAGAAGUAUGAUACGGUCACUCUCCAAAUCGAGAGCUUCCCUUCUCCACAUGCUGUCGCCAGUACCAUAGACAACGUCAUUCGGUUGAACACGCGUUAUCUCCAACGCUAUCGAGGAGAGAUAAAAGAAGAGUUCGCCGGAGUGGUGUACCACGAAAUGACCCAUGUUUGGCAAUGGACCGGCAACGGUAUGGCCCCUAGAGGGCUCAUCAACGGCAUUGCUGAUUAUGUGAGAUUGAAAGGCGGGUACGCAUCCAAAGGCUGGCCCAGGAUGGGGUCAGGAUCAAGAUGGGACGAUGGUUAUGCAGUCACGGCUUCCUUUCUCGACUACUGCAAUGGCCUUAAGCAUGGUUUCGUCGCGGAGCUUAAUGCUCUCAUGAAAGAUUCCUACUCCGAGACGUUCUUCAUCCAGUUGCUUGGAAAGCCUGUGCGCGAGCUGUGGCGCGAUUAUAAACUUGCUUAUGGUACCACAAGAAUCUCCAGUAGCGAGGAGGGCUAUCAGAAGCCAUACACGCGCACCCGCCCCUUCGACAAUUCUGUCCCGUGGAAGAAAGAUGACGUGCCAAAGAGCAACGCCCACUUGAAGCCUUCGGAGAAUGAUGGCUACUUUCGCAUAGAGGUCAAUGGAGUCGUACUUGACAGUAACAACUUUCAACAAAAUGACAUUGCAGAGAGCGCACAAGACUUGGCUUGGCUUGCUGAGCUCUCCACGAUGAUCGAAAAGAACAGCGCGCCAAAUCCUUCCAUCAAUUCAAGGAAACUUGACCCGAAUUGGCAGAGAACAAAAGGUAGGACUUCCAGAUCAGAAAUUGAAAAGCCCGUGACCAAGUGGUAAGCAGCUUAACAGCGGCUCUAUUCCGCCAGUAUGGACGACUUGUCCUGGAUUAUGCACAGCCAUGCUCAGUAAUAAAUAAGUGCUAUGUGUCUGUUCGCGAGUUCUAUAUUUUCCUCAGUGUGCUUGUUGGUUUGUGAAGGAUGUAAGUUUAUUUCGUUUGGAGUUGAAAUAUGUAAUUCUACUGUU